AUGGGAGACAAACUACCACCAGAGUACUUUGAAUUAGUCAGAGAUGCGUUAGCAGAAGAAGUCCAGGUUAAGAAACGAAGAGUUGAGCAUGGGAACGAUUCUCCGCCAGUGGUUGUAAGCAUCUCUUCAUCGGACGACGGACAAGAUUCCCCCACUGAAGAGGAUCAGAGCGAGGAAGAAGAUUACGAUAGUGAUGAAUUUGAAGAUGUGGUUACAGAAGACAAUGGUAAUCAGGGAGUAGAUGUUAGUUUAAAUAUUGAUUCCUCAUCCCCACGAAAAUCCAGUUCUAGGAGUGUUAGUAAAGCUGCAAUUGUAGAUCCUAAAACACGUCAAUUCCGCAAGUUUUUUCAUAUGUUUUAUCUGGUUGCGAUGAUGUUGCACUACUAUCUACGUAAUGAAUGGUUGAAUGAUCCUAAAUUGCAGGGGAAGCUGUCUGACUUGGUUCCUGAUAAAGUGCUUAUAAAUUUAAGUCCCGAAAGAGAUGAAGAACUACCCCUGCGUUCUACUAGGAAACUAUUAGAUGCGCUCAAAGCGUGUAUGAAGCUAUGGAUCAAACAUUGCAAGGUUAUUAACGGUAAAGACGACGGGCUGUAUAUGUGGAGAUGGGAUUGGCUCUCGAAUGGUGCGGGGCGUUUGCAGAAGCCAUUGACUCAACGACAGUUUAGAAACAUACUAACGAAAGGAGCACCAAUGUCACGGAAAAUUGCUGCUGAAGGAUUUGUUGCAAUGUUGCGAGGAUGUGGUUUAAAUGCACGUCUUGUGGUCAGUCUUCAACCUCCGGAUUUUACCAAUUUGAAAUCCUUCGUUGCUGCAGAUUCAAAUUCUAAAGACACAGAUGCUCAGGACACUAAUAAAUUUGAAUACCCGUUGUUUUGGUGUGAAGUAUGGGAUAAAUUCGCAAAAUCAUGGAUUAAUAUAGACCCAAUUUGUAAGGAAGUUAUCGAACAGAUUAGAUAUAAAUCAAAGUUGGAGCCAACAGGGAAAUAUGCCAAGUUUAACCAGCUGAGGUAUGUGAUUGCCUUUGACAGAAAGAAAGGUUGUAAAGAUGUUACUAGGAGGUAUGCUGCAGGAUAUAAUGCAAAGAUUUUAAAACGUAGGAUUACCAGGGAUCAGGCUGGCUUAGCAUGGUAUAAUACUGUGAUCGGGGCAUUCCAUAGACGAAAAAGGACAAAGAUAGAUGAUUACGAAGAUGAAUAUUUCAAGAAAAGAGAUGAAAUGGAGGGUAUACCAAAUAAUAUUGCAGAUUUGAAAAACCAUCCCUACUAUGCAAUUGAGAAAGAUUUAAAGCAAAACGAAAUUCUACGGCCUGGUUGUGUACAAUGUGGGUUUUUGAGAUUAAAGAGCACAAAGAAACACAAUCUCAGCACCAUCAAAGUUUAUAAACGUUCUGAUAUAUUGCAAUGUUUUUCAGCAAGGAAUUGGUACAUGCAAGGUAGAAUUCUCAAAACUGGUUGUAUGCCUGCCAAAAUAAUUAAAGUGAAAGAAUUCAAUACCGGAGAACAAACGACUGAAAGGCUUUAUCAUUAUGAUGAUACCGAACCUUAUGUCCCUCCUGUAGUUGAUUCAGAAGGUAAUAUACCCAUAAAUGCAUAUGGUAAUAUUGAUGUUUACAAACCAUGGAUGAUCCCAAAGGGAUGUGUUCUAAUUGAAAGCAACUGUGCAAUAAAAGCUGCAGCAUUUAUAGGUAUUCCGUUUGCCAAAGCUGUUACUGGCUUUAAAUUUGAGAAGAGUAGAGGUGCAAAGACUAGAAGUGCAAAGCCCAGAAUCACAGGAGUCGUUGUCGAGACUCAAUAUUGUGAGGCUGUAUGCUCCAUGAUAGAAGGCAUCCAUUAUUUAGCUGCACAAGAAUUAAAGGAGGAACGCGAAUUACAAGUUUUGAAGUCCUGGGCAAAACUACUGGCACAAUUGAGAGUGAAAAAUAGAUUGAAUGAGAGACAUGGGACAAUCGAAGAUAACGAGGUAAGCGAAGAAGAGCCUAAGACUGAAGAUCUGCCUGAAUCUGGUGGUUUUAUUAUAGAAGAAACAACAGAUAUCAUUCCUGACCAGUCGAAUCCUUUUGCACACGAAGAAGAAACUAGGGGCUUUUUCGACCAAGACAUAUCUACAGAAGCUAUCGAUAAUUAUAACAGCAGUGAACGUAGUAAAGUGGAAAAUUAUGAAGACCCAAACAGCGCAACCUCUUCCAAACGAAACAGCAAGGAAGCCGAGAUAGCUGAUGAGUACGUUUUGUUCAUGGAAGAACUAAAUGAAAACGAUAGUGACCAUAUAGAUAAUAAAUAA